AUGACAAGCCAUCCAGAACUGCCAGACACAGAGGCUGCUGGGCUGUUGAUGCUUUUUUCGCACCAGUCGCAGCGUCUAAACGUUGGUACUGGCGAGGAGGCUCAGAAGUCGCCGUCCCCAACGCCCGAUGUGGCGGGACAGGACCCGAAAAACUCGUCAGUUCGUCCUCUUGAUCAAAAAGUGGCGAGGUCGCCAGGCCCUGCUGCGGCCGCUUUGGCAAAGGGUUCGUCCAACAACAAGGCAAUGGUUGCCGCGGCUGCUCUUGCGGCGGCCGCGGCCACACCUCUGCCUCUCUUAACAAGGGAAAAGGAGGAGGAAGAACAGGUCAAAGAAGAAAAACACUCAGACUCAAUUGUUGCCUAUGCUGUCGACCCAGAUAGCGGCGAGAUAGGCUGUAUUUGCGGCUACGAGCACGACGACGGAUUCACUAUCCAGUGUGACCGCUGUUUCCGGUGGCAACACGCAGUUUGUAUGGGUAUCGACGACAUCGACGAGGUGCCCGAAACCUACCUGUGCUACCUGUGUGACCCGACACUGGUGGUUAGUGCUGAAAAAGCCCGUCAAUUGCAGGCCGUGCGGCUGCAGCCAAAACGACGCCGCCCAAACAACACCUCAUUGACCGGAAGCACACAGUCUCGCCGCGAGCUUGUGGAUUCCAAGCCUCCCAAUUCCAGUGCCAACAAGAAACGCAAGUCCGGUUCCGCAGAAGCCCCUGAGGACGACGACAAUUCCGGAGGCGCGGUUGAACGCUACCAGACACUCUACUUUGAGAUCAAGGCCGUGGAGUACAAAACAAGCUCUGUGCGAUCACUUAUCAAGAAGCUACCGAAACUGGUUGCAGACCGCGACGCCAAUCCUAUUAGAUUUGACAAAGAGAAGGCUUUCAGAGACGUUCUACUGGACAGGUCAAAGCUGGAGGUGAAAUCCCUACCCGAAAACUCCAAGGCACGCUUUAACGGAUUGUCGAAGUUGUAUUUGUCCACCAAUGUCGAGCUGGAGGCAGACCAGCUGGUUAGCGAGAUUGUUGGUGAAGUUGACUUGAAAAACAACUACAUUGAGGAGAAAUGGAACCAGUACUGGCUGCUGGGAUGCGCGAAACCAAAGACGUUUUUCCACCCUGAUCUGCCGCUUGUGAUCGACGAGCGCGGACUGGGCAACCUCACGCGGUUUGUGCGCAAGUCGUGUUCUCCAAACUGCGACAUCCGCACGGUUUUCAUUGGCGACCAGGUGUAUUUUUGUCUUGCCACCACGCAAUACGUCGAGCAGGAUACAGAGCUGACGCUGCCCUGGGAAUGGGACGAGUCGCACCCAAUCCUGAAGCUGAAGGAAUCUGCACUGGACGACCUGGAUAGCACCGAGCGUGCACGGCUGGUUGCCUCUGUGCAGGCUAUUUUGGACCUGACCGAGUGUGGAUGCGCAUCCAACUCCGGCGACUGUCUGCUCAACAAGGUGAAGAAGAUGUACAGUCGGAACAGUCGAAAACAGGCCCUUUUGGCCGAUCUGGCACAGGAGUACUACUCUAUUGGGUCGCGCGAGCAAAACCGGGAACGGAUCAUCUUUGAGUCGCUGGGCGAGACCACCAGCGAGGACAAGAGUCUGAACAAGUUCGAGACAGAGACACAGAUGACGAUCGACCCAACGGUGCUACCACCGAAAUACCAAAUCAUCAAGAAGUAUUUACAGGAACCAAAGCAAGAGCCUCUGGAAGCCUCGGACAAACUAUACAUCCCGGUCGCUGUUGCUGCGAAGGAGCCGUCCAAGGUGGAGCUGGUGGAGGCCAAAGAGGAAGAAAAACCAAAGAUCGUCAAGAAAUUCAGUCUUGCAGACUACAAGAAGAAAUCCAAGGGAGAAAAGCUUGGAGUCAAGUGA